CUCUACGUUCGUUUGUCGCCAAAUUCGAGAAAUUCAGAAAAAGCGGUGUUUUUAAAAGAUUUGGGUUCUUUUACUUCGCUGUCUAACUUAGAGGCAGAAGCAAAAAUAUUUCAUUUUAUAAAACUUUGCUGCUGCUAAAGUGAUGCCUCGUUCCAGGAACGGUUCUACUGUAUCAGGCUCCCAUAAAGAUGGGUUUGUUGCUCUUGCCAAUGAACUGUUCCAGAAGUUUCACAUUGCUCCAGUGAGAAGUCUGUCUGAAUGUGAGCCAUCCUCAUUUGUUACUCUGUAUGAGGGCAUCCUGGGAGAUAGACUCAAAGGUGUCAUACAGAGUCCAGUCACCCGAGAGGACGAAAUUCACAAUGUUCAGUGCGUGAUUGAUAGCCUGUCCAGGGAUGUCCUUCAUUGUGAUCUUUCCCACAUCACCGGUCAAGCGAUCAUUGACUGUGAUAUCGUCUCCAUCCAGUAUCUCCUAGAGAUACUUGAAGGUCUGGUUGAUUAUGUCAUGGAACAGAUCGGUAGCGAGACGUCCAGUGAGAUUGACGACUUUCAGCCUCUUCAAGAAGUGAGCUGCCAUUCAGAGAAAGAACGUUCCUCCAGGCGACAGACAAGAGACAGGUCUAUUAUCAAAACAAGAUCCCUUGAAAGUAUUUCUCUUCCAAGUAGCAUCUCACCUCGCCCUGAUGUAGAGGAGCUAUCAGAAGGGAGCAACUCCACGGCAGAGCUUAUUAGACUUGGGGAGGAAUCUGCCAGUUACAGAAGCAAACAUAUGGCUGUGAAACAUGAUAAGAGCAGGGAUUUAAAUUCAACCUAUCAGAAAUCAGGUCUGUCUGAGAUGUUUAGUAGCUAUGGUAUCUCAGAAGGGCGUCUCUCAGAGCUUACCGAUGCUACACUAAAGGAUAACACUAUGACUGGACAAGAUCCAAUGAGUGGUUCUUUUUCCACUAUAACCUGGCCCAAGGCACCCAGUACAGCAUCCUCUCCGUCACCAGCCUCCAAACCAGCCGCCAGCACCAUCCGCUCACGGCCAGCCCAUACUAAAGCCUUCAUGGCAGAGAAGAUGUCACCGUACAACAGCCUGUUGGGGAGUCUAGCAGAUGAGUUCAGUGAGUUGGAUAGAAGCAGAGGCUAUCAGACAGGAAAACCAGUCACGACCACCAUUCAUAUAGAGUCCUCAACCACCAAAGGCUACAUUCCAGAAAUUGCUAUUGAUCAACCUCGCAGGUCUCUCCGCCUUACACCACAGGCCACAGCAACCUCAGCUCCAUUACAUUCAGGUUCUCGACAUAGAACUCCACAGCUAGAGAACAAAUUGGUGUCUGCAUUGGGACGUGACAAAUCUGGCUCGUCCUCCAAAGAUCAAAAGCCCUCCCAACGUAGAUCACCAAGAUUCACCUCAUCAGAAGGGUAUGGGCCAAGGGUACCACUGAUGUCUGCUGGGCAACCGCUUACACCUCAUGGCAAGGAGGCAAGGUACCCUGCCAAACUGCCACAGCCUGAUUCAAAGACCAGGGUGAGGCAUGCACACUCACCUCCAGUUAGGGGGUCUCCUGCAAAGUCGGUUCGGACAAGAUAUCCAGUCGAGUUGAGGCGGAAGCAUGAUGGUGCGAACGUGGAUCAAGGUUCUACAGCUUCUAGAAGGCAUUCCGGUGCAGCAAUAGCGGAGUCGUACCCAGCAAAGCUCCCGCAGGAUAAGGCAUCUCCUGGAGCUAGGAGAUACAUGGAUGCACCAACUAGGCAAGAAGUUGCUUCUUCAGCAGAAAUGGAGAGAUACCCUACUCGACUACCACAUCAUCACUUUUCUUCUGCUACGGGAAGGUACAGUGACUCACCAUCCCACCAAGAAGUGUUGUCAACAGCAGAACAGGAUAGGUAUCCAGCCAUGUUGCCACCAUACUCCAGGACAACAAUACCAUCUAUGACUAGUGAUGUGAGCAGUAUCAGACAGUCCCCAGGAAUCGCUUCAAGAUUAAGAAGGAGUGCAAGAAGGAGUUUGGAUCAAGAGAAAAGGGAGAGAAAUCGAGAAGACUCCUUUUUGGGGGCUGAUGCAGAAGACUCUUAUGACAGGAGUUUCAUGAGGAGAAAGGUUGCCAGGAGACGACGAGUUGCUUUUGAAGAUGAAGAAAGGCAAAGUUUCCCUGCAGAAGGUUCUGAUGAAGAACGUCCAUCUCAAAGGUUUAGAUUCAGUAGAGAAAGUGAUGAUGAAGAAAAUGACAUCACAGACCCAUCCUACGGUCAUCUCACUGGGUACACCAGACCAGAAAGAGAAGAUCAAUCAAGGAUUGACUCAGAAGAAGAUGAGGAGGAGAAGGAAGAAGGGGGUCAUUCUUAUGAUCUCAGGACUAGGAAGAAGACUGGUGCUGGGAAGAAAAUGAAAGAGCAUGGCGAUAAAAGCCACAGACAACGCAGCGUGCUUCUUCCAAAGUCCCUUCCCCAGAGGCGUGAACCACUCAGGGUGCAAUUUGAAGAUGCCAUGAACCGAGAUGCUAAGGGCCUCCUGGGUAAAGUGCGGCGUCAGCUAGCAGAUGAGGCCAGCCAUCAGUCCAAGAUGAAGGAUGUGCUUCGAUAUACGUAUGAAGACAACUUGCGCGAGGUCAAGAGAGGAGUAAAACAGCAGGUCACUCGCCGCAAGAGGGUCACAAAACAACUGGACAAAAACUACAAAGCCCUUCAUGGCCAGCCCAAGACCACACAAUACAGGCCAGCCAAGAAAUACACUGCACCUGUGUCAGCUACAGAGGGCAGCAGACGUCCCACAAGAUCCACGAAGCGGACUCCAGCUUCCAAGCGCAAGCGUGCAGCAUCUUCCAGCCCGACAAGCUCUCAGCUUGGUAUAGAACGUCCACUACGGAUUGGUGAUGACGACCUGCUACCAACCCUAAUGCAUGAGUUCCCAUUCCUUCACCUCUCCCCUCACACUGCUCAGAGGAUGUGGGCCCAACAGAUGAAACACAUGGAACAUCUUACCAAGGCAGCCAUCUCACAGAAAUACAAGAAACCAAAGACACAAUCUAAGAUUGAAGAGGCAGAGAGGAAACAAGAAAUCCUUGUGAAUAUCAUGAAGAAAGAACUUGCCCAUAAUCAGAGACUGCGAGACAUCAAAGAAAGACGCAAUCAAGAGAGGGCACUUCGGGCUAAAGCUAAGGAACAGAGGCAGGUGAAUGCCCGGGCUAGACGAUACUAUGAUGAGUAUCGUGUUAGAGCAAACUCCAGAGCUCUGAAGAGGAGAACUAAGGAGGAACAGAUAUUCAAGCAUCUCUUUGAAGAAGGCAUGGCCAUACAGAAGAUGAGGAUCAGAGAGCUACGUGAAUACGCCAAGGAGAAACGAGAGAACAAUACCAAACAACAACAGGAUGAAGUAGAAUCUCUAGAAAAUUACUAUCGUGAUCAGUUCAACCUUCUUGCAGAGACAAUAGCCAAGGAACGCCAUGACGUGAAUGUCAGAGACAGAGCACAGGCAAAUGCCAUGAAACGACUGAAGUCUGACAUGAGGAGAAAGAUGGAGAAAGAGAUCAGAGAAUACCAGGAACAGCUCUACCGAGAUGAGGAUGCUGAAUACUUCAGGCAAUUGGAGGCCGAUAGGAUGAAACAUGAGCUGCAAAUGGCUAAGUACAAGGCUCAGCUAUGAUAAUCAUGUCCAAUAUCUGUAUAUCAUCGUGUCCAAGGUCAGAGAAUACAAGGAACAGCUCUACAGAGACGAGAAUAAAGAAUACUUUAGACACCUAGAAGCCGAUAGGAUGAAACACGAACUACAGAUGGCUCAGAACAAGGCUCAGCUAUGAUGAUCACAUCCUAUAUGAAUAUCUGCAGUUCAUGAUGAAACACGAACUACUGAUGGCUAAGUACAAGGCUCAGCUAUAAUAAUCAUGUCCAAUAUCUGUAUAUCAUCUUAUCCGAGAUCAGAGAAUACAAGGAACAGCUCUACAGAGACGAGGAUGCUGAAUACUUCAGGCAGCUAGAAGCCAAUAGGAUGAACUACAGAUGGUUAAGUACAAGGCUCAGCUAUGAUGAUCACAUCCAAUAGCUGUAUAUCUGCACUUACACAUAAUGAUGAAACACAAACUACAGAUGGCUAAGUACAAGGCUCAGCUAUAAUGAUCACAUCCAAUAUCUGUAUAUCAUCUUAUCUGAGAUCAGAGAAUACAAGGAACAGCUCUACAUAGACGAGGAUGCUGAAUACUUCAGGCAGCUAGAAGCCAAUAGGAUGAACUACAGAUGGCUAAGUACAAGGCUCAGCUAUGAUGAUCACAUCCAAUAGCUGUAUAUCUGCACUUACACAUAAUGAUGAAACACAAACUACAGAUGGCUAAGUACAAGGCUCAGCUAUAAUGAUCACAUCCAAUAUCAAUAUCUGCAGUUCAUGAUGAAACACGAACUACAGAUGUUUAAGUACAAAGCUCAGAUAUGAUCAUCACAUCCAAUAUCAAUAUCAUUGUAUCAUCUUUAUGCUGUGACAUGCAACUUUUUUUAAAUCUUUCUCUCUUACAUAAAUAAAAAUGAUGAUAAUCAUGUCAUAUUUUACCCAGGGUAGCGACUCCAGUUCUGAAAACUGUUCUCCCAGCGGGCCCUUAUUUUCCACUUAUUUUUCAAUUUCCACAUCCACUUAUCCUCAUCUACAUCCACUUAUUUCUCAGAAAUACCCGUCCAAUUUGUCAAAUACAUUUGUAUGAAAUUAAAAGAUUUUACCCCUAUUAUAAGAUAGGUGGGUGACCUUUUUAGUCCGGCAGCCCAGGAGAUUUAUUCAACCGAAAGCCGGACAAGCAAAUGACCCCAAAGCUGGAUGUCAUGGAACCCGAAGUUUACAAAAAUGCAUUGCUGCCGAGUUUUAUCCGUGGUCGUCCCGCCGAAAUUAUGUAAUAUAUGACGUCGCUACAAAAUUGCCCUAUUUCACCAUUUUUUAGACAUUCUACACAUAGCAUGAAGUCAAGGGAGAAUAUCUCAGCCAAACCAUGUUUUUUUUUGUGAAACUUUCAAAAUAUAUUGAUUAAGUAGUGCAAAAGAGACAUGCUCAAUUUAAGGAACAGAAAUUAUUGUUUACAUAUGCAAAUUACAUCAUGAAAUUUGCAUAUCAUUAGUUUGGGAGAUUUCUUGCUUCAAAAAUUGUCGAAAAUAAAUUCCAAAAUUUAUUUUCUUUUUUAGUGUAUUUAAAAAAAUAUAUUUCCUGUCAAGCAUAGUAUCGUUCUCUUCCUUUAUAUCUCUCCUUUUAGAAAAUAUAUGUCAGUAAUUGAAAAUGACAUUAUAGACUGUGUUUUUAGCCCCCUUUUCAAUAUGGUGCGUACAUAGAAAUCAUGCGUUUUUGGCCUAUUUUCACCGUGUAGCUGAUGUGUGGGAACGAUAUGCCUACUUUAUUGAUGUUUCCUGCAUUUUGCAAGAUAUUAGUAUCGUCCAAACAACAUAUUUUCAUCUUCAUUAUGUCUCUGCUGAUAAAUAAAUGAUUUAAGCAAAGAUUGAUUACCCACUUGACAGUUAAUAGGCUAUGUUUUCAACAACGUACCUAUGCCAUGUAUGACUGCAUUAUUGUAGUCGAGUCGGACAUAGAUGUUCCUGUGCACCAUCAUAAUAUAUUUUUAACCAACGUUGAACAUAAGAGUGAUUCAACACACUUGUACAAAAUGUAUAGUUGUAAAAGCCAUAUACACGUAGCAUACAUUCCAUAAAGUAAGUAAAGUAAAUUGAAUAUAUUUUCAAACUUGAAUUACAUAUUCCCUUCUGUUGUACAUAUAUGCUUUUGUGUGUUUGUUAGACUCAUGCAUUUGUACAGUAUUUCACCUAUGAAUUGAAGUGUACAGUUGAAUUAUAGAUUGUAUAUUUAGAGUGUAUGAUAGCCAUGUCAAAUAUAUAAAUCAUCCAUUCCAAA